UGCUCAUUCUAUCGAUGGAAAACUCUCUCUCUCUCUCUCUCUCUGUCUCUCUCUCUCUCUCUCUCUCUCUCUCUCUCUCUCUCUCUCUCUCUCUCUCUCUCUCUCUCUCUCUUUCUCUCUCUCUCGGCUAGCCACGUGGGGGGGCAUUUUUCUUUUGUUUUUUUCAUAGGAGAUGGCUAUGGCGGGAUCUUUGUCACGUUGUUUGGCGGAGGAGGAGCGGGAGGAGGAGCGAGGCAAGGAGCGGGAGGAGCGGGAGGAGCGGGAGGGGCGGGAGGAGGGAUGGGAAAAGGAGCGGGAAAAGGAGGAGUGGGAGGAACGGGAGCAGGUGGACCAGGAGAAGUGCGAGGAGCACGAGGACGAGCGGGAGAAGGAGCAGGAGGAGGAACAGGGGAAAGAGAAGGGGAAGCAGCGGGAGAAGGAGAAGCAGCAGGAGGGAGCGCGGGAGAAGGAGAGGGAGGAGGAGAGGCAGGAGCAGCAGGAGAACGAGCGGGAGCGGGGGUAUGGCGAGAGCUUUGUCACGUUGUUUGGCGGAGGAGGAACGGGAGGGGGAGGAGGAGGAGGAGGAGGAGGAGGAGUGGGAGGAGCGGGAGAAGGAGCGGGAGGAGGAGUGGGAGAAGGAGCGGGGAAGGAGCGGGAGCGGGGCUAUGGUGCGGGAAGAGGAGCGGGAGGAAGGGGAGGAGGAACGGGGGGGAAAGCAGGAGAAUCAGCCGGAGGAGGAGGAGCAGCAGGAGGAGAAACGGGAAGGGGCGGAGGAGGCGCGGGAGGAGGGGCGGKAGGAGUGGGAGGAGGAGCGGGAGGGGAAACGGGGAGGGGGUUAACGAACACGCGGGAGGUGGAGGAGGACCGGAGGGGGAGGAGGAGGAGGAGUGGGAGGAGCAGGAGAAGGAGCGGGAGGAGGCAUGGGAGAAGGAGCGGGGAAGGAGCGGGAGCGGGCCUAUGGCACGGGAAGAGGAGCGGGGGGGGGGGGAGGAGGAACGGGGGGAAAAGCAGGAGAAGCAGCGGAAGGAGGACGAGCAGCACGAUAGGGGCCUUUUGAAAUCCAAAGAUAGUUUAACCUUGAAAUUAUUAACUGUCAAUAGUUCAAGGUAUUUUAGUGAAUCAAUGAUGUAAAUAAUGAAAAUCAAUGUAUCUC